AUGGCAUUGGGUUCUUGCUCCAAUUGGUGGACACUCGAGCAUCAUAAUCCAGAGAUGAGUCCCUUUCAACAAACGCAGGAAGAGAUAGCCAAGGAGCUCCUGGGCUUCUGUGACAAUCUCAACCCGACCAACACAUUUUUUGAUCCUUUCCUUGAGCCCAAUGAUUUCUUAUCCACCGAAAACUAUCACCAUCUUCUCUCAUGCUUCUCUUAUCCCUCUGAUCCUAUGGUUACAAUCUCGUCAGAAUCCUUUCCACCCAACCACUUGGAUUUCUGCUGCCAGUACCGGCAUCAGUACCCAAAACGCCAAAGGACCUAUGAUGUUGAUUUCUGUAACUCUGCUUAUAGCAUAUCCAACUCCUUCGAUGGGUAUACCCCCAACUCUUUCCCAGUACCCAAAUUCUUGCUCGAGCCUGAUCAACUGUUGCUUCCAGGCACAGAAGUUCAAGUUCCACCAGUUUCUUUGAGUGACAUUGUGGACGACAAGAAGAAAGCCAAUCGAGGGAAUAUGUCCGCACAGAGUGUCGCCGCUCGGCAGAGGAGAAGAAAGAUCACUCAGAAGACUCAAGAGCUUGGGAAGCUUAUUCCCGGUGGGAAUAAGAUGACCACAGCAGAGAUGUUUCAAGCUGCAUUCAAUUACGUGAAGUUUUUACAGGCCCAAGUUGGAAUCCUUGAGUUAAUGGGAUCAAUCCAGGAAACCAGUAAGGAUCAAUUUCAUAUAGAAAAACUCCAGGUUCUUGUGUCACCCUCAGUCCAGGAGAAGCUGUAUUUGGAGGAGAAGUGCCUGGUUCCACUAGGAUUUAUCCAAACCGUAGCAAAAGAUUACGAGAUACAAUCGAACCCUUUAAUCUCCAAAGAGCUGAAGCUGUUUGGCCAAGCGGAUCGGAGAAUUGAUGGUGAACCUAAUGCAAUCCAAUCUUGA